CUUUGUCCCCAAAGAGUAUGAAUUUUAGGUUCUGUCUAUUAUUGGUAAAGUAAAAGAGAGAUAGAUACAUAAAGUUUUUUAAGUAUUGUUAAUGAAGAAUGCGUCUUACCUCAUUAAAGAGAAAGAGAGAAGAGAGUUUCUAAAAUUAGAAUGUUUAUACUCUUUAGAGAUAGACGAAAAAGGAAAUAGUGCAUACUCUUCGUGGACGGAUGGAGCACUAUAUUAAUUUUACUUUAAAAGUGCAUCCUAUUUCCGUCGAUAAAGAGUCCUUAUUUCAUUAGAAUCAAAACAAAGAAAUCAAAUACUCCUCCGUAGGAGAGAGGAAAGGGAGAAAAAAAGAAAAAAAAACAAUAGUUGGUGGCGGAAGUGUUAGAAAAAAUUGAAUCCAGCCAAAAUCUAACAAAUUCAGUUUCAGAAAUUUCACUCACAUGCUCGGCGUGAAUUCGGAAGCCGAAUCAUCCCCGAUGGGCAGAUGAGGAAACUGAUCCAGAUUCAAAUUAUACUUGAGUGAAGGAGAGGAGUGAGAAUCUCUCGAUCGUGAUGGCUAAUACCAGCGGGAGUGAGAGUGAUUCUGCGGCGGCGGAGUUGCCGAAGUGGACGUGGGAAGAGGACAAGCAAUUCGAGGACUGCCUCGUGGAUUUCCCCGACGAUUGCGCCGAUCGAUGGGAGAAAAUCGCCGCUCGCCUCGGGACCAAAUCGGCGGCGGAAGUCGAGCGGCACUACGCCCUGCUUCUGGAGGACGUGGCGGCGAUCGAAGCCGGGGAGAUCGAGCCGCCGGCGUACGUGGACCAAUCGCCGGAGCCCCAACCGUGCCCUAAAUCUGAGAAAAAGCAAAUGGGGAGGAAAGCCGGCAGACCUUGGACCGAAGACGAGCACAGGCUGUUUCUGCUUGGACUGGAGAAUUAUGGGAAAGGGGACUGGAAGAGCAUAUCACGAUACGUCGUUCUCACGAGAAAUCCGACGCAAGUUGCAAGUCAUGCUCAGAAGCACUUUGAGCGACAGGAGAGGGAGGAUCAAAGCAAGAAGAGACGAAGCAUUUUCGACUCAUCCAUUUCACCUCAGGUGAAGACCAAGACCAAGACAUGAUUUUUAGGACAUGAAUAUUUGUAGAUAACAUACUCUCAUUAUCCAUUCCAUCUCUUCAUUUUGUUCAUAGAUUAAGUUAUUCACAUGAGUUUAGUCUCUUCUCUCCUAAUGGAAGCUCAAACUUUGUGUUGUUUGACAA